CUGUUUAUUUAUAUUUUCGUUCUCGUUUUUCGAUAAAUCAACAGUGAUUAUUACGUGAAAAAUGUCGGACAUUGAUGUGAGCAAUAGAGACGUUGACAUGGAUAGGGUUGAACGCAAUUACGCGGUUAUGCGGUGAAGACCAAGUCUUCAACUGAAUUAGAAAAAGUUCAUCGUGUUUUUAGAGAAACAUUACAAGUGUUAGAAAGAUUCGACUUACCCGAUAAAAACUUUAUGUUAUUUCAUCUGUUGUGGGGAAAAUUGGACAAGGCGACUCGGGAGGCCUUCCUCCUCGAGUUCAAUUCCAAUGAAAUUCCAAAGUUUGAAUUGCUACAAGAGUUUGUUGAAAAACAAGUCCGCGCUCUGGAAGUAACGGAGGUUAAGCCCGUAACAAGUGCCAUUAAAGGUAAAGGCAAGGUAACACUAGUUGCCACACAACAAAAUAUAUGUGUUUUCUGUACUGAACUGCAUAACUUAGAAAAUUGUAAAAAAUUUAAAGUUUUAGACACUUCGGAGCGGUUCAAGGUGGUGAAAAACAAGGGCUUGUGUGUUUGUUGUUUCUCCAAAACUCAUAAAGUUAAACAAUGUCGAUCGGAUUGUCGGUGCAGUAUAUGCGGUUGUUCCCACAACACUUUAUUACACUUUGGAAAAAGGGAACCGGCUUCGCCAGAGGCUGAACCAGCACCUCAGCCAACGGUGAGCGGUUUAAAUAGCAAAGUGACUUUGACGUCGGUCCAAAGUAAUGGAUUAGUUUUAUUUGCUACUGCUCGGGUAGCUGUUCGGGAUAGUUCAGGUAAUUAUCAAAUAGCUCGUGCUCUUUUGGACGGUGCUAGUGGUGUCAAUUUUAUUUCCCAUGACUGUGCUCGAAGAUUAGGUUUACAGGUAGAUGAUACUAGCGAGCCAAUUACUGGAAUUGGACUAUCUGAAGUUGCACCUAAGGGUAUGUUAUCAUGCUCUGUUAAACCUAUUGGAUCAGAAAUGGUUAAUUUUGACUUCCAAGCGUCAGUGCUUCCAGUUAUCUGUCCGGAGCAACCAUACUAUAGAGUCAAUACAUCGGAAUGGCAUCACAUUCAAGGUCUACCUCUCGCUGACCCUGACUUUGCGAAGCCGGGCCCAAUAGAUUUACUCUUAAAUGCAGAGAUCUUUGCAUCUUCCAUUUUAAGUGGUAAAAAGGAGGGCCGGAAGGGGCAGUCAAAGGCUUUGGAGACUGUUUUCGGAUGGGUUCUGAUGGGUGACUGUUAUGCCUCUCGUACACAAUCUUUCACUAAUUGUCGGAAAGAUUGUUUUUUCGUGUCGAAUGCUUCACAAUCAAACUUGUCGCUGUCGUUGGAUGAUUCUCUUAAAAGGUUCUGGGAACUAGAAAAUAUUUGUGGUCCGAGUAAACCUAUCUUGUCGAAAGAGGAUCAACUAUGUGAAGAUAACUUCCGUGCAAAUUAUUGUCGCACGAGUGAAGGCCGGUUCGAGGUACCUCUACCUUUCGUCGAUCCUUCGAACAAGCCUACCUUUUCGCACACUCGUGAAAUUGCAAUGCGGAGAUUUUUUUCGUUGGAACGCAAGCUUACAAAGCAUGCGGAUUUUCGUAAAGCUUAUGCCUCCUUUAUGGAAGAGUAUGAGGUCAGUGGUCAUAUGGAGCAGGUUGCGCCGCCUGUCUCUAGUGUCGGGAAUUUUAAUUACAUCCCACAUCAUGGUAUUUUGCGCCCCGAAUCUGUCAGUACACCUCUGAGAGCCGUUUUUGACGCAAGUUGUCGUGACAGCAAUGGGAUUUCGCUUAAUGAUACACUACUAGCUGGACCUAAGUUACAAACUAAUAUUUUUGAUGUCCUUACUAGGUUUCGAUGGCAUAAAAUAGUCUUUACGGGUGACAUAAAGGCCAUGUAUCGUCAAAUCCUCGUGCCAAACGAGGACGCUGAGUAUCAGCGGAUAUUGUGGCGACCUUCGACUGACGGCCCAGUUAAAGACUAUCGUUUGCGGACGGUAACUUAUGGUGUGAAAUCGGCUCCGUAUCAAGCUUUGCGCACAAUAGCACAGAUAGCGGAGGAGACUGCUGACUCCUAUCCUGAAGGGUCACAAGUGCUUGGGAGAGACAUUUAUGUUGAUGAUGUCGUGACAGGCGCUGACUCUAUUGAGCAAGCUUUAAAAAUUAGAUCAGAUUUAUCUGAAAUUUUGUCGUCGGGUGGGUUCCAUUUGAGAAAAUGGACCUCCAACCAUAAAGGUUUUAUCGUUGACCUUCCAUCUUCUGAGUUGUAUUCGAGUGAUUUUAAACAUUUUGAUGAACUUUCGGAUUUGUCCCUUAAAAUAUUGGGAUUGUUAUGGCGUCCACAAACAGAUUCGUUCCAAUUUGAGGUUGCAACACCACGUGAUCAGAAAUGUACUAAACGUACUAUUUUAUCGAAUAUAGCGCGCAUAUAUGACCCGCUAGGAUUCUUAUGUCCUGUCACGUUUCACGCUAAAUAUUUAAUGCAGGUCUUGUGGUCAUCUGGGGUGCAAUGGGACGAUGAUGUUCCAGAAGCAAUCACAUCAGAAUGGAUGAAAUUUACCGAUCAACUUCCGUCGUUGAAAUCUGUCGUUAUUCCCCGUCGCAUCAUCCAUUCGUUUGUUUCAUUACAAUUGCAUGGAUUUUGUGAUGCGUCGGAGCGUGGUUACGCUGCUGUCGUCUUCUGUCGUGUCGAUGACACACAAGGCUCUACUUUUGUAGAGCUUUGCUGUGCCAAAAGUAAGGUUGCGCCUCUGCGUAAAUUAUCAAUUCCUCGAUUGGAACUGCAGGCUGCCGUGUUGUUGGCAGACCUGAUGCAGUCAACACAAGAGGCAUUAAAACCUCUCUAUGUUGUUCAGGAAAUAUUUGCAUGGUCAGACUCGACCGUAACGUUAGCUUGGAUCAAGUCGUGCCCUUCACGCUGGAAAACAUUUGUUGCAAAUCGUGUGAGCCAUAUCCAGGAUCUUGUUGCUCCUGAUCGCUGGCGUCACGUCAGUACACACCACAAUCCUGCUGAUGCAGGAUCCAGGGGGUUACUGCCUGAAGAUUUGGUAGAGUGUGAUAUUUGGUGGAAGGGUCCGUCGUGGUUGGUAAAGGAAGAGAAGGAUUGGCCUUGCUCACCUUUGCACGAUCCAAGCAAUGACUGUAUUGUAGAGGAACAACGUAUUUGUAGCUUACUCGUGACGGCCGAUCCUAACUUAAUUGAUGAAGUCCUUAGCAGGUUCUCCUCGCUUUUCACAUUAAAGCGUGUGUUAGCCUACUGUUUCCGUUUUUUACGGUCAGCUAAGGAUGGAAAAGUUGUCGGAUCUCUACAGUCAGCUGAAACCACUGCAGCUCUCAUGUUUUUAGUAAAACAUGUGCAGCUCACUUCUUUCAGUGUAGAGAUCAAUCAAUUAAGGGAGGAUCGUUUGAACGCAUUGCCAAAGGGUUUGCGCAAGCUUUCAUUAUUCAUUGACAGUCAGGGUAUUGUCAGGGUGGGCGGUCGCUUGGCAAAUUCUCCUAUUAAAUUUUCUGUCAAACAUCCCAUUUUAUUGCCUCGCUCCCACCGACUCACUCUUUUAAUAAUUGACGAAUAUCAUAAAAGAUUUUUACAUCCAGGUGCCCAAACUUUACAAAAUUUACUUGCGCAAACGUUUUGGAUUUUGUCGCCAAAACGAGCAAUUCAGGCAGUGAUUGGAGGCUGCGUGAAAUGCUUUCGUGCCAAUCCCUCUGCGGCAUCUCCGCCGCUUAUGGGAAAUUUGCCUACCUUUCGCGUCUCGCAAAUUAAACCUUUUUCGAGUGUCGCCAUUGAUUAUGGAGGACCAUUUGAUAUCGCUUUCGGUCGUGGCCGUGGUGCGAAAACGUACAAAGGUUACAUCUGUGUUUUUGUAUGUACUAGUACCAAAGCCAUUCACAUAGAGCUUGCUUCAGAGUUGUCGACAGAAGCUUUCCUCUGUGUUCUUAAACGGUUUGUCGCUCGUCGUGGUCGAUGCAAUAACAUUGUCUCUGACCAGGGUAGGAAUUUUGUGGGCGCUAGUAACUAUCUUGGUUCACUCAUGAAAGGUGCUGCUGAUGCCCAAGAAAUUAAAUUCUCGUUUAACCCUCCGGAAAGGUAA